AGUGUUGCUCUGUGGCGUGACAAAGGGGCUAGAAAGUAUCUAUCCUUCAAGAGACAUGAUUUUCGGCAGGAUUUUAGCUUAUUUCAUUGCUUCGUUACUUUAUAACACGAUCCAGGCAUCUGACGUACAGAUCAACCCCGCAGUUUCUGAGUCGAGCGAUGGCGAUGUUUCUGUAAAAAAUUCAUAUUUAAACCCUGUGUUGUCUAUGUCGCCUUUGCUCCCAUGGAGUUCUCAUUUCUCUCCCAGCUUGCUGUCCGCGUUCCCAGAGGAUCUUGAAGUCAGCGACUACUGUCGUGAACUCCUUACAAUCUUUGCUCAGCGAUAUGUAUUGUACGUGAAUUGCCUCGUUACUUAUGCCCGCCCUGUCAAGAUUUGCCAGAACUGUUACAUCCAGUUUGGAAACCUGAAGGAAAUAUACCGCAACAUAUCAUCAGACCAGGUGGGCCCUGCCAACGUCAGCUGCAGAGAUAGCCUUCUGCGCUCGGACAGACUAAUGCUGGUGUUUUUGCUGUAUGACAACCUACUCGAGAUAUGGGGCUGGUCGGACUGCAAACACUGCCUUGCCGUCGACCAGCACAGUUUAACCAAUGACACUCUGUACUAUAUGGCGAUCCUGAACGAGUCACUAAGUUGCUUUGAGAAACAUCAGCAGCAGGGGAAUCACUCUGAGCUUUGUAAGGAGUGCAAACCAACCUACAAGCACUUAAACGAUCUCUACAGCCGGAUGGACGUGAACAAGACCCUUUGCAUCGAUAUUGAGGAUGCAAUGAACAUGACCCGCAGACUGUGGAGCAAGAACUUCAACUGUUCUUUCCCCCGGGAAGAGACGGUCCCUGUCAUCGCCGUGUCGAGCUUCAUGCUGUUCCUGCCCAUCAUCUUCUACUUGAGCAGUUUCCUGCACUCGGAACAAAAGAAACGCAAGCUCAUUCACCCCAAGCGGGCUAAAUCGAGCAACAGUGUGGCGAACAUCCAGGACAAGUACAGCUGAGGGAGGGGGUCCCGACGUGGAGGAAGAGGAGUGGAUGACGUGGAGGUGACUCAGUGCCCCGCCCCAAAAACACAGUGUGUCUGCGACGGUCCCCAUCCUGAGAAGACCGCUUUCAUUUCGCCUCAGCAGAGGGGUAUGGUCGGGGGCAUUGGUCGCAGUGCUAUAGUUUCACAAUAACGCCCCCCCCCUCCCCGGGCAAAGAAAUCAAAAGCUUUUAUUCUGAUUGGACUGUGAGGAAAACGUGAUGCUGGCCAUCAGGAGUUGAGUUGCCACGUUGUGUUACUUUUGUCAGGUUGUGUCGUUAAAAAAAAAAAAAAAAAGACUAAAAGAAGCACGUUUGAAAUGAGCAAAGAAGAAAUCACACUUUCUGAAUACUUACAAAAUGUUGAUUAUGAGAUCACUGUCGUUCGUUGGCGUGUCCUUUUUCAGUUUGUUUUGUUUUCUUUGUUUUGUUUUGUUUUGUUUUGGCCGAAGUUAACGCUGCUGUGUGUCUGCUUUUCUGUUUUGCUGCCGGUCCCGUUCCGCGGCUAAUUACCUGCAACCGAGGCCCCGCGUCCACUCCUUUGUUUCGCCCAACGUUUUCCGGCGUUUGAAAGCCGAGGCUGGGUGCUGGAGGGCCGGGGAAAUGGACGGCGGUAAUGUGGCUGGUGAACGAGCUGCAGGGAAGCACUUUGGUGUCCAUUAACAGAGGGACAUGCAGCUCCUCUCUCACCGAGGAGAGCUGGCUGACCAUUUGGACUUUACAGAAAUGCCAUUCCUGGCUUCCCCCCCCCCCCCCCCUCUUUUUUUCUUGCGUUUUUGGAGCGAUAUAUUAACCGCGCGGGAUAAAAGCACUGAAUCGCGUAUACAGACUCCAUUAUGAAAGCCUUCUUGAGCUUCCUUUCCACACGGAGAGAGAAAUGUAACAUUGUGUCCCUGCAGACUUAUGCUUCGGUCGUGGUAUGCGUUUCAUUUAACCAAUUAACCAUUAUUAAUACAUGAACGUGCGUUACUAACAUUUUAGCAGGCAAUGGAAAAAGUUCCUUUUGAAAAUCAUCUUUAUUGAACGAUAUUUUCUUCUCGACACUGAGCAUAGUUUUGUCAGGUGCAUGGCAUAAUUACUGACCCACUGAGUUUAAAAAAAAAAAAAAAGAAGAAAAAAAAAACCCCCCAACACCUGUAAAUGAAAACUAAGACGUCUAUCUCUGCCAUGUACAAACCACCAAUGUCUCUACUCGGUACAUUUUUCUCCACGAUCUCUUCGUGUGUUGAAGCAAUCGGAGCUUUUUGGCAGGGCUUUGUGUUCGUCCAUUUACCCUGCUGAGAGACUCUGGCUGGUGGUGAGGCCGGCCUGCAUCACCGCCUUCAAGGAGGCUCAGGUUCAAGGCUUUACUCGAUGUGGUUCGGAAUGCUCAGUUGUGGAGAAAAGUGCUCCUCAUUGCUCCGCCACAAACAAUCACAUUUUUAUUUUUUGACUUGAGUCCUUGAAAAGCCCUGGAAAAGAAAUUGUACUUGAAAAGAAAAUGUGGUGUGAUUUUUUUUUUUUUUUUUUUUUUUUUUUGGUUUUGAAAUUUUUCACCUGAUAUUUAAUGUUCCAGCACUUUCCGUAUCUUGAAUCGAUUUGCAGUUGAACAUUGUCUAUGAGUGCAAGCUGUUUAAUAAAGGAGCAGGAUGAGUUUUAAUGACGGACAUUGGUUUUUAAUUCUGUGUAUAAAGCAUGGUUUUUUUUCCCCACAAGGAAUGAUAGCAGUGUACUGAUACUGUGUGAAUUUGAUUUUAGGAUGUAUAUGAUACGUGUUCGUGUUCGAUACUGUGUUAACGUUUUUGACAUGGCUUUAAGGAAGAUUUGAAUGAAAUGCUAAGACCUGGUACCACCCUGAUGCGGGAUUGGAUUGAUGUAGGGAAAAUGUGUCAAUGGUGAUCAAGAGGCAAUUAAUAAAUGGGUUAAGUUGCAA